UGCGGAGCGAACACAGAAGGCAGGAUGUGUGCGUGACGGCCCGAACACACCGACAUGUAUGCAAGACCUCUUUGCAUGUUUGCACUUCCCUCUCAUCUCUGUUAACGCUCUUUUCCUCCUCAAAUGUCAUUGCUGAUCCACAAGCGUCAACAGUCUGUAACAACAGAGUCAAGUCGGCCCAUCUCUGGCUCAAAGCUGCGCGACACAAAGCCGCCCUCCCCUCCCCCCAUGCCGCCCCGUCUGGACCUCAACCCCUACUGCCAGACCAACGUCAAGCUGCCUCCGCUCUCCACCAAUUCCUCCUCCAAAAGACAGCAGCAGCAGCAGCAGCAGCAGGACAAGAGGGACGCUGCCAGAGACGCCCACUGUGACGAUGCUGCCAAGAGAAACCGAGAGUAUGUGCGGCUGCUACAGCAGAAGAACCGGGACUUCGCACGACGGAUGAGUGACUGCCGGGAGCGAGAGGAAAGCAUGAAGAGGCGGCUACAACAGUCCGUGCUCAGCAACAUGAGGAUGCAUUCACUCAAGCGGAAGACACAGGCCCAUCCACACCACAUUGGCAGUGCAAAGCAGAGAUCGCACUCGGUCGACUGUUCCGCGUCUGGUGCGAGGCGAGCCCCAAAGGAAGACGCCACAUUCGCAGAAGAUGACGCGCAAAAGACGGUGGACCGUUCGGUCUCCCCGGCCGAGCCAGCACCCACGUCAGAGACAGCAGCGACAACUUGCUGCCCCUCCCUCGAUUCGACCACAGCGCCAUCCAGUAUCCUGGCAGACAAUCAAUUCUCCGAGCCACUGCCGAUCCGCGACGAAGAGACAGCAGCCCUUCCCCCGAACGCCUUGCUGGCGCCUGCAGGUGUUCCAACAAAAGCCGGACAGUCGCCUGUGGCAGCGGCCAACGAGCCAGCGGAGCCGGAAGCAGAAGAGGACGGGGAAGCGGCCAGCACCGAUGAGAGCAGUCGCCUCCGGUCCCUCUUCCGCAGUAGGCACUUCUCCUUCCUCAAGACUUUGCAGGCCACCAAGCGCGAGAAAGAUGCCGAGAGGGAAGAGGCCAGGGAGCGAUUCGAGGCCCACCUGAAGAAGCUGAGGUCUCAUCUCGGUCUGUCAAGGAUAGCAAGCCGGUAUCGCGUGAGGAGCUGGUCACCCGCCUCACAUCGGUUCGGGAAGGGUGUGAGCCAAGACAGCAGUCGGGCCAAGAGAGACGGAGACACGGGCGAGGAUGCCGCUCAAGUCGAGAGGAGAAGGGAGGCGAACCGGAAGAUCUUGAUGCUCCAACAGGAGUGAGCAGUCUUGGGGAGGAUGGGAAUACAACACUGACUCUGGUGUCCGAUGGACAUGCAGGCAGCUGGCGAGGAUGAUGGAAAAGAAGAGGGCCGAGAAGGCAAAGGAGGAGCAGAAAGAAGCGAUGCGCCAAAUACUCCUCAAACAGGUACGGGCGUGGCGUCCUUCCGUCGAGACUGCAGGCGACACUGACCCCUCCCUGUGUCCAUCCGUUUGUACGUACAUGUCUCAGGCCCGGGCGACAGUGCUAGCCAAGUGCUCCAAGCAGCGUUCACCCCCCUGUCCGCCGCCAUGCCCUGCUCCCACCGCCCCCCCUCUCGACCAGCCUGACAGCAGCAGCGACCAGUCCAAGCCGCCCACACCAGCUCCGCAACCCCAGACGUUCAGGCUCCACAGACCGCGCAGCUCAUCUGCCCUUCGACCGGAUGCGUCAUCACCAUCGCGUGUCGCAGCUGCUGGUCGCAAGGAUGGUGUGGUGUCGAGCAGCCCGUCUCCGGUGCGUAUGGCGAGGAAGGCUGAGAAUGAGGGGCCGCUGCCCACAGACAGGGGGGACGGCGCGAGAGGGGGGACCAAGGCGUCUUGUGCUGUCAGCGCUACGGCGUCAAACAUAUCCGGUAUGUAUGUGUACUGUAAUGUACAUGUUUUUGCUGCCUUUCCGUCCGUCCGUCCACAUUUGUAGGUUUGCAUCGGUUCCUAAAUCGCAUGUCUGAGGGUCUGGCCAAGAACCAGCGCGUGCCAUGCGUGGACAUGCAGCACUGGAAGAGAAGACAGAGUGUCCAACCAGACACCAAAGUGAGUGAGUGAGUAAGACAGUGAGACGCCAACCAUGGCUCUCGGCGUCAACCUCUGCCUGUGUCGUGUCGUGUCGCGUCAGGUCUUUAUCUGUUUGGGGGGCUAUCCUGACAUCAAGCGUGCAUUAUGGCGUCGUGGGUGGGUGGAGAACAGCGACCCCGAGAGCGACUUUUGGGACCUCAAGUGGACACUCAAGGCCAGGGACAUCGGUACAUCGGUCGAUCCACAAACCGUCCGUCAGUGCUCGGUUACCCUACCUUUGUCUUUGUUGAUGCUUGUACGUACGCCCGACUGCGUACAGAUCACACCAAGCUGGAGGACCACCAGAUUGUCAAUCAUUUCAGUCGCAACACGGAGAUCACAACAAAAGUCUCACCAGAUAGCCUAACCUGUGCCUCAAUCAACCAACGACCCACACAUUCACAGCACCCCUCACUCUGAUGUCCUUCUUUCCUUCUGUGGGGUCUGUCUGUGUGCGUUGUGUUGUGUGCAGAUCGGUCUGCUCCGCAAUCUCCGGUCUCUGAUAUGGUUUGAGGAUGUGGACAUCGACACUUUCUUCCCAAGAUGCUUCGACCUCUCUGACCCGGCGGAGAUGCAAGACUUUGUCGACGAGUACAAAGUGAGUGAGACAUUGACUAAUCUGCUUGUCUCACCUUUGCGGCCCCCCAACAACAUUAAUGACAUUCGCGUGCAUUGCAUUCGUGUCUGCUGGUACCCACGUCAGACGUGCAAAGCGAUGGCCAUUCUCAAGCUGUACGUCCAGCAGCUGAAACGCAAGUGGGCAUGGCAAUCGAAUCGAUUUGCUUUGCUAUUCGAUGCACGUAGACAAACACUCAUACACUCUCGUUUGCGUCUCCUCUGUCUGUUCAUUCAGGAUCUUUUACCUGAAGCAGCAGCGGGAGGGCAAGGACCCAGCAGCAAAGGCCAGCCUGCAGUACGACCUCCGUCACCUUCUUCUUCGCACCACCACCCGCUCCUCCCAGACGCCCUCAUCCGACCACACCAGCCGGGCGGCCACCUCCCACCUGCAGCCCAAAUCGCGACCCUUCUCGAGGAAAGAUGAGGCCAUGCUCAAUGUCGACACCUGCCCGCCGGUGUACGGCGAGGUCAUUGUUCAGACUGGUCCGUCGCGAUUGAUUUGACCAUCACAAAUGACAAAUGGUCCUUGGUAGCACAGCAUCUACAGGCGUCUGUGUCUGUGUCUCUCCCUCGGUGUCUGUGUGCAGCUCUUGAGGUGUGUCAGCGGUCUCUCCGCGACAUCGAUGACGUCAUCGACGACCCUGUCAGUCACUCAAUUGGGGAGCGCAAGACGCUGAAUGAAUGCGGAUGUGUGUCUGCCCUGCCUGUUUGUAUUGCAUGCACCACACAGGAUUCCGAGAGCAGCCUCCUCGUCAAGAACCACGAAUGGGCCAUACUCAAGAACGUACGCCAAGCCAAGACACACAGCACAGCAUCAAGAUUGACAGAAGUCUCCCCCCUCUCCCGUCAAUCAAUAUGUAUGUAGGUGUCUUUAGAGGACCCCACCCAGGCUCUCCCCGACUGGUCGCGAGCCGAGGCCCUCCGCGAGAGGUAUCUGCGGCGGCUAAACAAGAAGGCCCUUAAGAAGCGCAAGAAGAGAGCCAAGAAGAAGAGCUCACUCGGACCUGUCUCGCCCUUCGACGCCUACCACGCUGGCCAGGAUGAGGAGCAGGGGGAUGACGGGGAUGGAGAGGACGGGGGGGAGGGGAGUGAGGGCAGGAAGGACGGCGGCAAGGUCAGGCCUCUCAAUGGGGAGCAGUACCUCCAGCCGGAAGAGCGCAUCUUGCUCAGAAGGGUAGGUAUACGGGGCGUUUCUCUCACGGUUCGGAAUGUGUUGUGGUGUCCACUGACUGCAUGUCAUGUGCGAGCAGGUGCGUGAGGCGCUCCAUACGUUGCGUGAGAGGUCCCCUCAAUUUGACAUGGACGGCACCAGCAACACGUGGGUUGCCAAGCCAGCCGGGAAAUCGAGAGGCAGGGGCGUGCAGAUACACACUAACCUCGGUCAGUCAUUGCCCUUCCUGUCUCCCAGCUGAUGAGAGAGAGACGCGUCGCGUCAUUGCGUGGUGUGUGCAGACUCGUUGCUGGACCAGGUCAAGACGCGUGAGUGUCAGUGGAUAGUGCAGAAGUACAUCGAGACGCCCCAGCUGAUCCUGGGCCGCAAGUUCGACAUCCGGCAGUGGGUGCUUGUCACCGACUGGAACCCUCUCACCAUCUGGUUCUACCUAGACGCAUACCUCAGGUAUGUAGGACACAGUCAUUAAUUGCUUGUGUGGCUGACGAACAUGUCGCGCGUGUGCACGUGUGCUGUGUAUGUUUGUCGUGUCACUCGUGCAGGUUUGGUGCUGACGAGUAUUCGCUCAAGAACACGGACAACCGCUAUGCGCAUCUGACCAACAAUUCGGUGGUCAAGUAUGCCGACAGCUUCGGGGAGGUCAUCGACGGAUGCAUGUGGACUUCCGAACAGUACAGCGCCUUCCUCAAAGAACAAGUCAGUCAGUCUGCAAGGAGAGCGAACGGACGAAGGAGUCACUGCCUGUCGUGUGUGUGUGUGUGCCUAUCUACAUCAGUAUGGUGAGGAUGUGUGGGAUUCCCACUUCCAGGCCCGACUGAAGCGCAUCGUGUACUGGUCGCUCACGUGUGCCCAAGACAUGGUACACACAAAGAGAAGAGACAAGACAUCUUAGGGCUAGGCCUUGCGUGUCUCCCUCACUCCCUCCACCCGACCUCGAUUGUCCGUCCCGUCUGUCUGUAGGUUGAGAAUAGGAAGAAUUCCUCUGAGUUGUACGGGUACGACUUCAUGGUGGACGAGAACCUCAACGUGUGGCUCAUCGAAAUCAACUCGUCACCCGCCAUGGACUACUCCACCAAGGUAAGGAAGGUACACAUCCAUCCAUCGAUCCACCCUGUAAUGGAUAGCUAAUGUGAUGUAUGUUAUGUGUGCAAUGCAAUGCAAUGCAGGUGACCAAGAAGCUGGUCAAGCAGGUGCUGGAGGACUCUAUCAAGGUGAUGGUCGAUUACAACCUGGCCCCGCCCAAGAAGAGGGAUCAGGUCGACACCGGCAGAUUCGAGCUGCUCUACAAACACAAGGUCAGCCACUCCACUCGGGGCCACGGACAAAUGCAAUUACUGAAUGCCAUGUGGUGCAUGUGUGUACGCAGAGGUGUGUAGAGCGCCCGCAGGCCUCUCUUGGAGUGUCUCUCGUGCUGCAGGGCAAGCCUAUCGUCAUACGCAAGGCACAGAGAGCAUAAAAAUGCAUGAAGGAACUAGCCGGCUGUGGCGCUUGCCGCAGGACGGAAUGGGUGAUGGAUUGGUUUGUAUGCGUGGGAUGCAUUGCAUUUCUGAUUGAUACGCGCGUGAGUGUGAGUGUGGUGGUCUUGUACGUUUCAUUCCUUCAUUCAUUCAGCAGACCAGACAGACCCCUUACAUGUCGUUCCUCAAUUGUCAGCG